UACAGGUGCGUUUAAUAAACCAUUCCAAUAAAAGUCUCACGAUGAGAUUGUGCUUCCUAGUAUUGGGCUGCGUGAUAGCUGCUAGUGCCUGGCCGGUCAAUGAAAUUUCGCUGCGAGUUCAUGGCCUCAACGGCUGGUAUGUGCCCCAAGUAGCUGGCGGUCUGAAAUGGGUCACCAAGUCGGAAGGAGAACGCGAGGUGGCUUCUUACGAGACGGCACUGGAAGGUCGUUUGUCGACCAACACUGUGAAGUUUUACUUGUACACUCGGACAAACCCCACUGCAGGACAAGAGAUCAAGGCCACCCAGGCCUCAAUUGAUGCUUCCAACUUCAAUCCCGAAAAUCCCACCAGGAUAACCAUCCAUGGCUGGAAUUCCAACUACAAAGAUGGAGUCAACACCAGAAUAGCCAACGCCUGGUUCCAGUACGGAGACUACAACAUGAUUGCCGUGGACUGGGCUCGUGGCAGAUCGUUGGAGUACGCCUCUUCUGUGGCCGGAGCCCCAGGAGCUGGCAAGAAAGUUGCCGACCUUGUGGAUUUCCUGGUGGAGAACAAAAACCUGAACCUGGACAACUUGGAAGUGGUUGGCUUUAGUCUGGGCGCCCAUGUUGCUGGCUUCACGGCCAAGAAUGUGGCUAGCGGAAAGGUCGGCAAAGUGGUGGGCUUGGAUCCCGCCUCCCCACUGAUUAGUUACACGAACACCGAGAAACGUCUGGCCAGCGAUGAUGCCCAGUACGUGGAGGCCAUCCACACCAAUGGCGGUACCUUGGGCUUCACCAAGACCAUCGGACAGGCAGACUUCUACAUGAACGGUGGCAAGUCUCAGCCUGGCUGUGGAAUCGACAUCACCGGCAGCUGCUCGCACACCCGCGCAGUUCUCUACUAUUCGGAGGCGCUGCUGUGGAACAACUUCCCCUCGAAGAGGUGCGAGACCUACCAGCAGGCCAACAAGAACUCUUGCGGAGAUCAGUUCAGCACAGUUAAGAUGGGAGCCUUUGUGAACUCCGUUAUUGCCGAGGGCAUCUUCUACGUCCCGGUUAACAAGGAAUCUCCAUAUGGCUUUGGCGAGAAGGCGGAUGAGACUACUGCUUCUCCGGAGGUCACUACAACUCCCAAGGAAAAUGGAGGUGAGGAAACCACUGAGGGGUCGGGUGGAGAGGAAACUACGGCUGCUCCUGGAGGUGAAGAAACUACUGCUGCUCCCGGAGGUGAUGAGACCUCUGCUGCCCCUGGAGGUGAGGAAACUACAGCUGCUCCCGGAGGUGAGGAGACAACAGAAGGAUCAGGAGGUGAAGAGACCACUGCUGCUCCUGGAGGAGAAGAGACUACUGCAGGUUCCAGUGGAGAAGAAACAACUGCUGCUCCUGUAGAUGAGGAGACUACAGAGGCUUCGAGUGGUGAAGAAUCUACUGCUGCACCAGGAGGUGAGGAGACUACAGAAGGUUCAGGAGGAAAGGAGACCACUGAUUCUCCUGGAGGAGAAGAAACAACAGCUACUCCUGGGGAAGAGGAGACUACUGAUGGGUCAAGUGGCGAAGAAACUACUGCUGUUCCUGGAGGUGAGGAAACCACAGCUACCCCAGAAGAAGUUGAGACAACUGUUGCCCCUGGAGAUGGAGAAGAGACCACCGGCGCAGAAGAUGAUGAGACUACAGAGACUCCCGGAGGCAAUGACGACGACUCGACUACCGGAGAACCGGAAGAGGUACCCACGACCUCAACCAUCGUUCCAGAGACUCCAACCGUCACCACAACCACUGAGGAGCUCACCACCACAACCGUAGUUCCAGAGACUCCUACCGUCACCACAACCACUGAGGAACCCACCACCACAACCGUCGUCCCAGAGGCUCCAACCGUCCCCACAACUACUGAGGAACCCACCACCACAACCGUCGUUCCAGAUACUCCAACCGUCACCACGACCACUGAGGAGCCCACCACUACAACUAUCGUUCCCGAUACGACCACGACCAGCUCACCCCCCGACGACGACAAGAAACCACCUAGCAGUUCCAAAAACAUUUUCAUUUUCAACGUAUUUCUGGUCAACGUUAAAGUCGAGAAGUAAAUCAAUAACCAAAAACAUUCCGUAGCUGAAGUCCCCGCCAACUGAGCGCGGAAAAGUUUGCAAUAAAGUCCAAACCAAUAUCGCAUUUCCAAUAAAACCCUAGAACAUAAAAGGGGCGGGCUAAAGGAA